CCUCCCGUUGGAACCUCAAAAAAUAUAUAUAUAUAGAGAAAUUGUAAACACAUUAACCUAGACGGGUUUCGGAUCCUGGAUCCGCCAUUGCAAGUGAGCUGUUGGUUGCUCCGGAAAGAUAGACUCUUGCUGUGGCUGGAUUUUCAAGGAUGGGCAUCGCAGGAGGAACAAGGAAUUCGUUGCUCCACUUCUGUUGUUUGGCCAAAAAUGUGUUAGGCCUCUCUCUGCCAACCAUAGGCUCUCUUCCUUGUCACAUGUGUAUACAAAGGCAAAGCUACCGGGUUAUGGCAUCUUUCAUACUCCCAGUAGAUUCUGCAUUGCUGGGCCGAUCAAAUAUGUAUCAGUAUCAAACUCUUCUCAGAAAUUUGCCACCCACCAGAUGCAUGAGUAGGACUUCGUUUGAGCUCAACACAGACAAUGGUGUUGUGCGGUUUUCAAUUGGUAAGCCACUUGAUGAAACUAGUUCCUUGACACAAGGGAAGAAGGUGGCCAAACAAGUUAAAAUGUCCAAGAAGGCCAAACUGAAUGAACUACGAUUUUAUCGUCUAAAGGCCAAAAAGAAGAUCAAUUCUCCAAAUCCGGAAGUUAGGAUUAGAUACAAACUUGAAAAGGCAAAACGAAAGGAAGCAUGGUUGAUUGAGAAGUUGAGAAAAUUCCAGGUUCACAAAGCUUCUGCUGAAACACAUGAUCCUGAAAUUUUAACUGAAGAAGAAAAGCAUUAUCUUAAGCGAACUGGUGAGAAAAAGAAGAACUAUGUGCCAGUUGGAAGGCGGGGAGUAUUUGGAGGGGUUGUUUUGAAUAUGCAUCUGCAUUGGAAGAAGCAUGAGACAGUAAAGAUUAUAUGCAAACCUUGUAAGCCAGGACAGGUUCAUGAAUAUGCUGAUGAGCUAGCUCGGCUGAGCAAAGGCAUAGUGAUUGACAUCAAAUCUAAUAAUAGUAUAAUUUUCUAUCGGGGGAAGAACUAUGUGCAGCCGGAAGUAAUGUCACCACCAGAUACACUGUCCAAAAAUAAGGCGCUCGAAAAAUAUAGGUAUGAGCAGUCCCUUGAACAUACAAGUCAGUUUAUUGAAAAAUUGGAGAAAGAACUAGAGGAAUAUCACCAGCAUCUUGCUCGGUUUAAGAAAGUAAAAGAGGAUACGACGCAAGAUUGUUUGAUCUAUAGAUGAUUGCCCUGGGAAGUGAUAGGUAUGAGCAGUUCAUUAAACAUACAUAUCAGUACAGUGACAGGUGAAAGAUUAGAAGAGCAGACAAUCAACGGAAGAUCCUUUGAUAAACCAUAAAUUUCACAUUGCUUCAGAAUGUGCUAACACUCAGAAGAAACAGAGGAAUGAAAGAGGCAAUGAUUGCCACUUGGAUUGAUAGUGACACUGCCUCUGAAAGCGAUUAAGAGGCCUUGUCGGGAAGGAUCAUAUGAGUACCAGCUGGAAAAGAUCUUACUUUUCGGCGAUUUUUUUUUUUUUUUUUGUGGGACCUUCUCAGUAGAUCAUAAAUGAUAACAUUAGAGACCCUCGUAUAUUAAAGUGAAACCAAGGGAUUUCUCUUUAGUCAUUUGACAUCCCACAAAUAGUAGCAAGAGCAGCAGUAAAAUUGGGAUCCAAAUUAGGAGAACACAACAUCCUUGAUUUCUCAAAACUGACUUUCUGAUCUGAGGCUUUGCAAAAGAUGCCUACAGCUUUCCUCAUAAGAUGAGCUUGAUUUUUAGUUGCUUUUCCAAAGAGGAUGAGGUCAUUGGAAAAAAAUAGGUGGGAUAUUGCUGGACCAUCUCUUGACACUUUGACAGGCUUCCACUGAUAGUAAGCAUAAAAUGAGAGAUAAUGUGGGAGUUCUUCAUGCAAAGAAUAAUAAAGGGGACAAAGGGUCACCCUGCAUGAUUCCACACACUGGAGUGAAAGAGUCGGUCAUCUCAAUAGCUCUGUACCUGAUUCACCACCCCGGAGUAAUACACUGCUUGAUAAGGCUAAGAAGACAGCCUCUUAAACCCAUUUUCCCAGAGCAUAUCUCUUUGAUAUGGUGUAUGAUAUGCAUUUUUAGAAGAAAUACAUGCAAAGUGGUUUUCAGUGCUUCGCUGCAAACAUUUUCGGUAUAAAAGUUGUACUUGAAAGUUUAUUACCUUGGACAUUUUAAUGCUUGCAUGCGUCUAUCCGGCUUUCAGAACUUUGAAGAUAGCUGAUACCCUAUUUUUUUAA